AUGAACUCUCCCGCGGUCCCCGCAGUAACUGAAGAUAGAAUAAGACUUUGGGAAGAAAAAUUAGAGAGGAUGUUUGUCCAAACGUUACAGUCAAGAGCUGGGUCGCGUGCAAGCACACCGCAGCCACCGUCCCGGGCCGAAACGCCGGGUUCCGAGUCGUAUGAUUUAGGGACUUUGUAUCGGGACACGCCGCAGCCCGUGGCAUCCCAAUCGGAUCAGCCGUGUCGGCUCCCGGCACGGCCGGCACCCGUCCCUUUGCCGCGUACCUCAAUUCGGCAGAUGCAGCCGCCACCGCCGCUCUCUCCUCAAGUAAUUAUUCUGCCUUCUCAGCCCCAGCCGCAACCAGCACUACCGCUGCAGCCUCAGCCAUCGCUGCAGCCGGCUUUGCAACCGGCGGCUCCGGUUCCGGCUCCGGUUCCGGCUCCAGUCCCGGCGGUGCUGCCAUCUUCUCGGCAGCAGCCCACGCCAGCACCGUUUCAGCCGCAGGUUUUGCCGACGGCGCAGCCGCAAUCAGCCGAUGUUGCCUCAGCAGGUUCCAUUGCAGCCCGUUCCGAUCCCGCAGCCGCCCGUGCAGCUGAUCCCGGCGCCCAGCCCGGCUCAGCAGCCCGCGCUCGCACCACAGAUGCCAUCUUCUCAGCAGCCAUGCCCCGAGCCGCCAUUAUGGAGCAACAGGGACAGCGCGCCUGUGCAGCCACGCCCCACGUCUUCGCCCAGCGAUCCUGCGCCUGCGCAGCCCCACCCUGA